UAGGUAUGGAUAUACCAGCACACUUCUAAACACACACCAAUAAUAACACCUAAGUAAAUAAAUAUAAAUAACUACAGUAAUAAAUAAUACAUAACUUAUACACACAAACUACAUAUAAACAAGAAUACCUAAUCAUAAAUAUUACGUGCAUAUUAACAUCAUAAAUUCGCGCGCAUCGAGCCGUCCGCCUAGCUUCUUAUCUAUAAACCGGUUUUGCGUUGACGUCACAGCGACUCGCCGCGCGCCGACAGCCGUCCGCGCGCCGCACGUUCGAGAGAAGUCAGUCGCUUACCGCCGCUAAUAAAGAUCGCGUAACCACUUGUGCUCGCGCCAUAUGUUUUAUAGAUUUACAUAUCUUUAAGUUUGUAUUUGUGUUUCAUUAAUAAAUAUCCGAACUGAUUGUGUGGACUUAUUCACAUACCCGCCACACUGGUGACCCCGCUGGAACACGUGAAAAUAUAAAUGGAGAACGACAGCAGUGACACGGAUGCCACCGUUAAGUCGGAAGACCGAAUUACCACGCGUCGAUGCAAGAGGCGUACAAAACCGGUACAUACAGCGGAACAAACGUUGAACCAUAAUAUAAAAAUAAAGGUUCCACCAUUUUGGCCGGACGACCCAGAGUUGUGGUUCGCACAGAUUGAAAGCCAGUUUGAGAUCGCUGGGGUAACGUCAGAGGAUACAAAAUUUUUUUAUAUCGUGAGUAACCUCGACAAUGUACAGUCAAAAGAGGUAAAAGAUCUGAUUACCUCCCCCCCGGCGACCAACAAGUACAAAAAAUUAAAGGAGGAGCUUAUCAAACGGCUUUCGGCCUCCCGCGACAGGAAGAUACAACAACUGCUAAAAUAUGAGGAGUUGGGAAGCCGAAAGCCAUCACAAUUUUUACGUCACCUCCAGAGCUUGGCUGGCCCCUCUAUCCCAGAGGAAUUUAUUAAAAGCAUGUGGUGCAGCAGACUGCCACCAAAUAUUCAGGCGUUGAUCGCUUCACAACCCUCUGGAGCAUUAGAUAAUUUAGCAGACCUAGCCGACAGGGUCUGUGACAUCGUCUCGCCGCUUCCCCACGUCAACGCCUGUUCAACUUCUGCAGCCCAAGCCGCCCCAGGUUCCAGUAUGGAAGUAAUGUCAAGGGAGAUAGCGGAGCUGAAGCAAGCUGUGAAAAAUCUGACGAUGCAACUAAACAGGCAGGGCAGAAACCCCGAGCGCUACAACAAUCGCAGACGUUCCAGGUCCAGGUCUACGAGUAACUAUGAAAAAUUCCCAACCUGCUGGUACCACUCCAAGUUUGGCGCUAAGGCCACGAAGUGUACCAAACCAUGCGACUACGGCAGGUUGGGAAACUCGCAGGGCAGUCGAUAAUGGCGACAGACGACUGCUCAAAGUCACCGGGUCGCCUAUUUGUCACCGACCGCGUCACCAAGAGGAACUUUUUAAUAGACACCGGGAGUGAUGUUUGUGUUUACCCGAGUAGUGCACUACGCGAAUGUCGGAAAACUUCUUUUACAUUGUGUGCGGCAAACGGUACGGCUAUCGAUACUUACGGGUACAUUCAAUUAACAAUAAAUAUAGGUUUACGCCGCGACUUUCCAUGGCGCUUUAUAAUCGCAGAUGUCACAAAGCCUAUUAUCGGCGUAGACUUUCUUUCCUACUAUAAACUAAUAGUAGAUAUAAGUAACCGUAAGCUUAUCGAUAGCCUAACCAACAUUAGUAGUAUAACUGGUAUUAUGUCACCCGACUCGCGCGUAACUAGUGUUAAGAUACCGGCUGGCGGAAACAGUAGGUAUCAUAAUAUUCUGUUGAAAUUCCCCGAUAUCACCCGCCCCGCCGGUACACCAGGCACAGUUAAACAUAACACACAACACUACAUCCGCACUACACCCGGUCCUCCUAUAUCAUGCCCCCCUCGUAGGUUAGCUCCUGACAGGUUAAAAAUAGCGAAGCAAGAGUUCGAUCUGAUGCUGAGAAAUGGAACAGCGCGUCCCUCCGAGAGCCCCUGGUCAUCCGCCCUACAUUUAGCCCCGAAGAAAGACAACGGCUGGUGACCAUGCGGAGACUACAGGCAGCUCAACGCACGCACUAUACCAGAUAAGUACCCGAUAAAACACAUUCAUGACUUUGCUCAUAGCAUAUCUGGUUGUACAGUAUUUUCCACCAUUGAUCUUGUUAAAGCCUAUAACCAAAUCCCAGUUUUCGAACCUGACAUCCCUAAGGGAGCUGUCACAACCCCAUUUGGCCUCUUCGAGUUCCCAUUUAUGAACUUUGGACUACGGAACGCAGGCCAAACGUUUCAACGUUUCGUAGAUGAGAUGACCCGAGGUCUGGAUUUUUGUUAUUGUUAUUUAGACGAUUUUUUAGUCUUCUCUAGGGAUGCUACGGAGCACGAGCGACAUCUCAAUGUACUCUUCGAAAGGAUGACGAAGUAUGGCGUUCUAGUAAACACCUCUAAGUGUGUUUUUGGGGUGUCAGAAGUAGAGUUCUUAGGCUAUCAUAUUUCAGCCACUGGUACUAAGCCACUGGAAUCCAAAGUGCAAGCCAUCAGGGAAUACCCCAAGCCACAGACAGUGAAAUCUCUUCGACGUUUUUUAGGUAUGCUUAACUUUUAUCGGAGGUUCAUACCUAAUGCCGCGAAAAUUCAAGCACCUCUGAACGCUUUAUUAACCGGUUCUGUAAAAGCUUCGCACCCAGUAAACCUGACAGGCGAAACUCUCAUCGCCUUUGAACAAUCAAAGGACAGUUUAUGUAAUGCUGCCUUAUUAGCACACCCUGAUUGCGAAGCCAAACUUGCUCUUGUCACAGAUGCGUCUGACUUAGCAGUAGGUGCCGUGCUACAGCAAUAUAAAGAGAAAGCCUGGCAACCCUUGGCAUUCUUUUCUCGGAAGCUUAGCCCUUCACAACAGAAGUACUCGCCCUAUGACCGCGAAUUACUUGCUAUAUAUGAAGGAAUCAAAUACUUCCGACACAUGCUUGAGGCCCGCCAUUUCAUAGUCUAUACUGACCAUAAACCUUUAUGUUAUGCAUUCCACAAUCGGAAGAAUAACUGCUCCCCGCGUCAGUAUAGACACCUGGAUUUAAUAUCACAAUUCACGAGUGACAUUCGUCACAUAUCUGGCAAAGAUAACGUUGUUGCAGAUACCUUGUCUCGCGUAGAUGAAAUACAAAAUCCAGUUGACCUUGAAGUUCUCGCUAAAGCACAGACUGACGAUCCUGAGCUUUAACACCUGAUCGAUCAAUCUUCACUUCGAUUAGCUAAAGUAAAGGAUCCUGAAAGCGAAGUCGAAUUACUUUGCGACACAAGCACCGGCACGCCUAGACCCUUCGUUCCCACGUCCUUACGUAAGUUUUUGACAGUCUUCA